AUAAAAGCUCGAGUUUCACAAGUCAUUCCAUUCGGCACCAUGAAGCACUUUGUGUUCAUGUCCCUGGUGUUAGCGUUGUCUCACGUGCACGUCCACGGCGCACCGGUGGAUCAGCCGCAGAUGGAGCCGGGUUCAUGCAAAGACCCGGUGGUGCUUGGAGCUGCAGAGCAGGCCAUGACCAAGAUCAACAGCAACCUGGUGGAAGGCUACAUCCUGAAACUGCUCCGUGUGUCCAACGUCCACACCACCAAACACGGGGAGGGUGGUGUGGUUUUCUACUUGAACCUGGACGUUGUGGAGAGCACCUGUCACGUUGUCAGCAAGAAGGACUGGAAGACGUGUGAAACACGAUCAUUUGCCCAAACAGCGGUUUAUGGACAGUGCAAUGCUGUUAUCUUCAUAAACAAGGUGAAAAGAAUGGUGCAACUCUAUAAAUAUGACUGUUCCAUCAGACCAGUUUCAGCAAAAAAGUUGUGGGCAGUGUGUCCGGACUGUCCAAGCUUUCUUGACAAGCAAAGCCCUGAGAUUCAGAAAACUAUUGAUCUGUCUCUGAAGAAGUUCAACACAGAGAACAAUUACACCAACUACUUCACUCUGCACCAUAUCUCCCGCGCCCUCGCUCAGUUUGGCAUAGCAGAGAUUUACAUUGCAGAAUACAUCAUCCAAGAGACCACCUGCAAGAAGAGUGCAGAGAACCUGACGGCUGAGAACUGUCCACCUAUGGACUGCGAGUUUGCUCACAAAGGUUUCUGCAAGGGUUCUCAUUACCAUCCGCAGUUUCUAGUUGGUCCUGUUGGCAUUCAUGAUAAUGAUACAGUCAAUGUGGAGUGUGAGAUCUAUGAAUCAGAGGCUGCUGAACAUGAGAAAAAGAUGCACAAUCUUGGUGGACAAACUGAUCACCCUCACAAUGACACGAAAGCACAUGACCCAAACAAUAACCAUGACCACAUGCACGACCAUACCAAGAGCCAUGAACAUCAUGACAGCGUCCACAAGCACAGUAAUACCAGUGACCACCAUCACACUCAUGACCACAGUACAGGCAGUGCAUUCAGGCACGCUCAUGACCACUCUCACGACCAUGGCCACAACCAUGACCACGUCCACGCUCACCAUGCACAGGCAGAAGAUCACAGCGGUGACUCGCCAAACCACCAUCACAACUACCACCACGAUGCUAGUGUGCCAACCCAUGACCACGACCAUGAGAUCGCACUGGACCAUGACCACAAGCAUGCUCACCUACAUGACCAUGAGCACCACCACCAUCAUCAUACACACCCCCAUGAAACCACCCACCAUGACCAUCCAGAGGGCAAUGUGACGGUACUGCCUGCCUUGGACGUGGACGUGCCUAUGGUCAUCCCCUCCUUUCCUGAUCAGCCCGCUGCAGACCCCGACGCCGCAGUCGCUGAUGCUCCAGCCCCUGACGCCGCAGUCGCUGAUGCUCCAGCCCCUGACGAGCCAACUACGAUGUCCAUCAUCCAAGAUCCACAUAGCUCUGGAAAAGCAGAAUCCACAAUCCUGCCUUUCCCUACCUCCACGGCGGCUGGCUGCCCCGCUGUUAAGCUUGGAGGCUCCAUGUUGGAGGAUGUCAUGGCUGAAGAUCCAAUGUUCAAGCAGCCAGCGUAGUCCUCUGUUUUAGCUAUAUUGCAAUAAAACAUAGUCC